AUGGUCGUGGUAGUAGAAAUAAUCGAUGAUACACCUAAAGAAAAAUUAUUCCUAGGAGGUUGGAGAAAUACUAUUACAGGAAUAUCAUAUUAUAAUGCUUUUACGCAAACAUCUGCAGAUGGUAAGGAUGUUAAAAAUAAGUGCAAUUGUUUCGUACAAACGACGGAUCCCGUGAAUGUAUCUACGUGUACGUAUCGCGACAAGUCUAUUCGAACGAGCUACGUGCCUGACUUAGAAGACAGAUUUAUUCGAGUCCGUGAUAUUUUUAAUACGGGCACAAAACUAAUAGGAUCGACAAAUUUGUCGGAGGAAGCUAGUGCAAUAAAAAUACAGAGAUUUUACAGGGCUUAUCGUGCAAGAUACGCUGGUACAAGUUCCUCUCAAAAUUUCAUUCAAGAAAGAAACGAUUUUGGAGAAGACUCAAGGCGUCCACUCGAGAGGAUAGAUCUUGAGAGGUUAGAUGGUCUGCAGCCGGAAACGAAAUCCGAUUUCGAUCGGCUCUACAACGCUUUGGACCAAUGGCGUAUUUUGGAGAUCGAACGAGUGACCGGUAAGCUUUUCCGCCCGUCGAAGAUCGCCGUUUGUAGUCUCAUCCUAUCGAGAGAAGUAGAACUCCUUCGUAAGAUAGACGCGAUGAAGAGUGCGGCGAAGCUGAAGUUAAAGGAACGACGUAGACGUAACUUCCUCGAGGAGCUUUCGAAACCUGUCCUUUGGAGGAUUAAUCAAGGAGAAUCGAUCUUAGUAGACACACCGAUCGUUCAAAGGUCUCGACAAUUUCGUAAUCUCUACGACAUGCUUUGCACGAAAAACGAUUUUACGAAUUCAAAGCGUAUGGAACUAUUGAUAGGGAUUAAAAAGGAAGCCGAGCCUCAUACCUGCAUUUAUUCCGACGAAUUGAUUUAUCUUAUAAAUCAAGAGAUCGAUCUUUUAUCCCUUAGGAUCGACGUGUCCAAAUUGAAUUGCCUGAGAGAUCGUAUCGCAAUCGCUUUUAUAUUGUUCGCCAAUAAUUCAUUGAAAAAUUAUCAAAUAAGUAUUAUGGAUAAUGUUAUAGAUCGUAAUACAAAAAGAUUUUGUAAAUCCUGCGGUAGAAUUUUAUCAUCGAUAAAAUAUCAUCGUCAUCAUCGAUUUCGUAAUUUUUCGUCGUGCGUUUAUUGCAUCGGUUUACGUCCUGGUAGGACUCCAAGGAUCGUCUACGAGCCGUAUCGACGAAUGCUGAAAGAGGUCAGGCGUCUAGAGACGAGUAACCGUUGUCACACGGGCUUUGCUUUCGUUAUACCUCCCAAGGUCGUUUAUCGUCUGGUAAACGGCAUCUGGCACGGAAAAUCCGCUAUUUCCGAGUGCGACCAGCUCGAUCGAUUGUGUCUCUUACGUUUUCGUAAUGACGUAGAAUGGUCACCCUGGAAUACUUUACUCUUGACCAAAGAGGAAGCUCUCAAACAUCGGAGGAUAAGAAAUCUUCAAGAUUUUUACGAUGCCGAGCUUCUUCGAAAGUUUCAUAUGAAAAAUUUGCAAGCCAAACUUACCUUUCGAUAUUUAUUAGAAACGAAAGGAAAUAUCGAUUUUUAA